CAGAGGGGUUUGGUUUCAGAUAAUGUGUUCGCUGUCAUUAGCAGUGCUCCAGAUUUGUUUAUCAAGCCCUUGUUUGGGAGAUACAGUUAUAAUAGUUACAGUUAUUAGAAACUUUAGCCAUAAAGCCAGCUUAUCUGCAUGCAGGGCAGCCUCCUGAACAGGAAGCAAGAAGGAAAAGGACCAGUGGGCACAUGGUUCACAGCAAACCGUGAGGAUCUGAAGCAGCAGCAGCAGCAUGCUCAGACUGAGAAAGGUUUUAAGUUGAAAGCUAAGUGUCUGGAUGUCUGCAGCAGGGGAAGCUGGUGACGUGGCGUACAGCUUGGCCCAGGAGCAGGACUUCCAGCAGGUCCUGAACAUCUGCAGCAGUGAUGCCUUCGAUGGACUGGACUACAUGGCUGCUGCUUUCCACCGCUGGCUGCAGGAGCCUGGACGUCUGGUCUCCAUCGCCCGGAUAAAGAACAGAGUCGUGGCGCUGGAGUCUGCGCUGCUGGUUGAUGGCGGUCAGACGGUUGUAUUUCAGGGACUCAGGGUGGCACCUGAUUUGAGAGGCCGUGGCAUCGCCGGCGCCCUCCAGAAGCACGUGACUGACUACAUCCGCUGCCAUUACCCACAAGUCUCUGCUGUCAGGCUGAGCCGAGGAGCCAAGCCUUCACCACAGACUUUGGACAAGUACCGACUCGUAGCCAAGGAGGCCAUUUUGUCUCUGUGCUGCGAGGCAGCCGACCUUAGCCUCUUUGUCGCUGAGCUUCGCUCCAGAAUCUCGCCGUCCCAACACGACCCAGCAGUGACCCUUACCCAGCAGCAGGCGGAGACCCUCAUCCUGACUGACUACGUGGUUUCCAACCUGCUGCCCGGUAAAACCAUCAUCAACGAUUGGGAGCCUCUAAAGCCCUUGGAGGCCAACCUGGAGGUGCUGCGCCGCAGGGGGCUGAUGUGGAUUGCAGACCGUGCGUUUGAGCCCACAGUCGUGAGCCUGUGCACCCCGCCCUAUGCUGUCCCCUACCGCCAUGACGCCCUGCACUUCAACAUCAAUAUCUUCGGCCGCAGUUUGGCUUCAGUGUGCGCGGUGUUUCUGGCUCAGCUCGAAGCUUUGCUGCCGAGUCUCCAUGGAUACCUGAUCUUCUACACCUACGUUGACCCGGUGGUUUGGCCGGGGCUACGCCAGAUCUGCCAAAACAACAGCAACGUUUUGUUCUUUAAAGACUACUGGGAGGAGCUCGUACUGGAGAAAGACCUCUGAAUGGCCUCAGCAUCACUGCUUUUACAUCAGGGGUGAUGGAAGUACUCAGAUCCUUUACUUGAGUAAUGGUAGCAAUAACGCAAUUAAGUCCUGCAUUUAAAAUUCUAUUUGAGUAAAAGUACAGAAGUUUACCAGCAAAGUGUACUCAAAAUAACGAAAGUAAAAUAAUUUUUAUGGAAAAUGGCCCAUUUUAGAUUAGAUCAAGGUUAAAUUAUUGAUCCCAAAGGUCCUGAAAAAUUGUAUUUCUUUGAACGGUUGCACACAGUUACAUGGUGACCUGAUGUAAAUCCAAACAGAGCUCUGCACAACUCCAACCUGAACAGGUCAACCCAGCCACAUAACCUGAAAACAUCUGUAUGGGUGUGCAUAGCCUUUAUCUUGAGGUUCAUCAGGGGAUCCUGAAGGAGUUGCACGGGCCCUUCAGUGGUUUUAAAGGGGUCUUGAGUAAUUUUAGGGGCACUUGAUGGUUUUAAAGGUGAUUUAGCGGAGGUUUCAAGGUGGCUCAAAAGAAAAACACAGGGGGCUUUAAAGGAUCCCACAAAAUCAUUCCCAUUUCAAGCCCAUUUCCAAUUUUUCUUUUUGGUCUGAUUGGUUAAAGGACUAUCCAAUCGCGCCCAGAGGCAUUUGAGCGGUGUCCAUUGGUGACACCCCUUUGGAAAUGGGCUGUGAAUGAACCUUCCCCAGACCAACUCUCAGUUACAACUGAGAAGGGGUCUGGUGUCAACCAGACUAGGUCCUAAAGUUACUAUGUAGGGGUUUCAGGGGUUAUUGGGGGUUUUCUAGGUUGUCUCCAAUGAGUUUUAUUUCCUUAGUGGCAUUCCAGGUGUUCUUAUAGGGUUUCCUGGGAAUCAUCAGGUAUAUCAGUUGUUCCUGAAGGAGUAGCUGAGUCUUUGAGUGCUUUCAGGGGUCCUUGAGGCAUUUUAAAGGGCAUUUGAUAGGUUUUAAAAGGUAGUAAAGCGGCUCAAUUUGGGGAAAAAACAGGGAGGUUUAAAGGGUCCAAUGAAAUCCUCUGAGUUUGGGUCAGAGUUCCUUGUUCAUGACAAACCUUAAUAAUGGAUAUCAGGGUCCUUUUUGACCAAAUCAGCAUGUGAACCAUGUAACAUAUCUGCCAGUGGUAAGAUUUUGCUCUUAUAUUAAAGUUUUAAUUAUGUCCAAAAGACAAGGUCCACAGUUUAUGAUCUCACAUGAUUUUCCCCAAAGGUCACACUCUCAGCAUGUUUCCAUCAAGUCUUACAGAAAAAGUUAGCAACAAGGACCCAAACAGUCAUGGUACGAAGAGUAUGAUUCUGGUUUACCACCAAAUACAUUACUUGUAUCUGGACAUUUGAAUACUAGACUAAGCAUGAGUAAACUUCAAAGGUACCAAUUAGCAGUUAUCAUGCUGUAAUUGUUUUAAUAGAAAUAAAAUUGAUAGAAAGGCCAUU